AAAACGCGCGGGGUAUUCAUAGGUCAACAUAGUAUGCUGGACGCGGCGCAGUUCUCGACACCGCGGGGUGCCGCGCGGCGCGUGGGGUCCUUAAGUCCAGGACCGCCUCCUGGGCCCACCGACCACCGGUUCACGUCGCCACGGGGAUCUGCCCCGUCCUUCCGCGUCCCGGCGCCCGUGCUCGAACCCGCCGUCUUGUACUCGUCGGACGAGAGCGACGAGGCGCCAACCCGGCGGCCGUCGAUGGUCAAGGCGUCGGACGUCUUCUCGCUCACGCGCCACAACCGCUUGGAGCAAGUGGACGCGAUGCUGGCCAAAGGCCUUCCUGUCAACCUCCAAGACGCCCACGGGAAUUCGCUCCUCAUCAUCGCGUGCCAGAACGGUCUCAAGCGGCUUGCCAAGAUGCUGCUCCGACGUGGCGCCAACAUCAACCUCCAAAACGCUCGGGGCAACACACCGCUGCACUACUGUUUUGCCUACGGGUACGGCGAAACCCUCGGCGCCUACUUGAUUUCGAAAGGCGCCGACGUGGCGCUUCGCAACGAAGACGGCCUCGAGUGCUACUACGGCAUCAAGCCGCCCGUUCGGUAGCACUUCUUGGUAAUCGUAAAAUCGAGGGGCUGCGUCACGGUCAGCAUUUCGCAUCGCACGAAGGUGACGAUGGAAGAAG